AUGGGUGAGUCCGAAGAUAAUGGAAAGGCUAUGACCGAACUCAUAGGGUUCCUGACACCUACCACAAGACUAGAUGUUCGUCGUGCAGCUCUAGACUAUGUUAUUUCGGUCAGCGGUGCUCUUGACGGUUCCGCUGGUCGUCUGUUCCUGGGCAAUGACUGUGCCAUGGGCAAGGCGAUUUGUGAGUUAUGCGAAGCAACGAUGUCGGAUAGGUCUCAUACGCUGUCUGCUCUCACAAAUUUCUCUUCUGGGUCGGCUGAAGUGGCCAGCUACAUCUUGACGAACUCAAAAUGUGCUCAACUUGCCUUUGAUGCAUGCCGAACUCGAGCUCUAUACGCCAACUUCGGCGCUCGUCUCCUGGCAAACUUAUCGAGGCAUUUUCCCGAUCGGGUAAACGAGUUACUUGUUGCCCACGAAGCAAAAGCGCUACACGUCCUUGUGGGUGAGUAA